AUGAAAGCAACAUUUUCUACAUAUCUCACUGAGGGGCUUAUUUUAGUCUCUCCGGCUAUGUUUUUGCUUGUUUUGCUCUUGAUGGCCACAGUUAAACUACCACACAACCAAUUUUGUGUUCUACUUGGAAUUGCCCAAUUAUUUUUCCUAGUUUUAUUUGCUCUAUUUUCACAACACGAUCCUAAUGCCCUUCCUUCAUCAGUUCCAAUUGGUUCUGUUUUGAUACAAGAAUCACAGAAAAAAUUAACUGAUUUCCAAGAUGUUCACUCAAUACUUCUUGUUGGGUUUGGGUUUUUGGUUGUUUUUGUUCGUCGAUAUGGAUUUGGAUCUUUUACAAUGUCGAUGAUGUUAACGGCUUUUACAUUAGAAUUAGCUCUACUUGUUCGAGGGUUUUUAACAGAUGAAUUUGCUCUUUACGGAAAAUUUUACGUUAAUCUGCAAAAUUUAAUUAAUGCUGACUACACAGCUGCAGUUGUUUUAAUCUCUUUUGGAGCUUUAUGUGGUAAAUUGUCUCCAAUGCAAUAUUUGCUUAUGGCUCUAAUUGAAGCCCCAUUUUCUAUCUUUAAUGAAUAUAUUGUUGUCAAAAUACUCGGAGUUCAAGACUUGGGAGGGUAA